CAAUCCAAUUCAUCUAAUUGGACAACUCUACUGCUAAAAAGACCACUCAAAAGAAAGAAACACAAGCAAAUCUCACACAUGAGAAGAUGAUGAUGAUGGGGUUUGCAGCGGGAACCUCAUCUCCCCCUCCUUUACAUUCUUCACCACCUCUUUUCUCUCCAUUUUCAUCUUCUUCGCAACCCCCCUUUUUCCUUCAUUCCUUUUGCCAAAGAAAUCCCAAACAUGAUUUCACUAAAAGAAGAAAGCUUUAUGCUUGUAUCCAAAACAACGACGUCGUUUCCGUUUCCUGCCAACGAAGAGCGAUUCUCUUCAUGGGUUUUUCUCUUCUUCCUUUCUUAAAUUCGAAAGCAAUAGCUUUUCAAAAUCUUGCUGCUGCUGCUGCCACUGAUGAUGAUUUGGAAAGUUUUGAAAGGGCGCAUGAGCUUAAUCAAAUAUCAGAGGUACCAAAUGCAGCAUCAAACCCCUCUCUUACACUUUUGAAUGGACUUGGAAUAAUUACUACAGGUGUGCUUGGUGCCUUCUAUGCAUUGGCUCAGAAGGAAAAGUCAGCUAACCUUGCAACAAUAGAAUCCAUGGAAUCUAAGCUGGUUGAAAAGGAAGCUACAAUUGUGUCAAUGAAGAAAAGCUUCGAGUUAAAACUACAAAAUGAAAAGGAAGAAAGAAAUGAGCAAAUAAAAAAGGUGAAUCAAGAAAAACAAUCUUUAAUGACCCAAUUAAGCUCAGCACAAAACACGGUAAACGGGCUAGGACAAGAGCUUCGGAAAGAGAAAAAGUCCAUCCAAGAUCUCGAAAACCAGAUUGACCUUCUUAGUGUUGACCUCAAAAAAGCUUCCGAUGAUAAAGAAGACCUUAAGAUGCAAUUGAAAGAUAAACUUUUCUCCAUUGAAGUCCUGCAAGAAAGGAUAAAUUUGCUUAACACUGAGAUUAAGGAUAAAGAAGAUGAACUUGCAAAUGUCAGUUCUGCCCUUGCUGUUAAAGAAUCCGAGUAUAAGAAACUGAGUUUGUUGUAUGAAGAAACAGGGGCUGAAUUGACUGGGUCAAAGUCAAAGAUCGAAGGAUUAAAACAAGAAAUCUUGAAACUUGAGAAAGAAUUAGAAUUGAAAAGUUCAAGUAUUGAUGAUCUGAAUGCAGAAGCUCUUUCUUUACGUGAAGCAAAAAACACCAUUAGCUCACAACUGGACUUUGCGAGGAAAGAGUAUGCGGAGUUGAAUCUUGUUUUGGAAAAACGAGCGGAUUCUGAUGCUAAGCUUUUGGAAGAAAGUGGAAAGAAACUCGAGGAUCUUAAAGAACAGCUUGCGUCAACUUUGAGCAAAGUGGUCAAAAAUGAAGAAUUAAUUGGUGAGCUGACCAACGAAAGAGAUGAUUUGAGAAAGACAUUGGAUAUUAAAGCGGGUAAGGUCAGUAGUCUUGAAGAAGAGCUUUGGGUCGUCCAGCAAACAUUAGAGGAAACGAGAAAUGAGGCUACCGGGCUGACCAACGAAAGAGAUGAUUUGAGAAAGACAUUGGAUAUUAAAGCGGGUAAGGUCAGUAGUCUUGAAGAAGAGCUUCGGGUCGUCCAGCAAACAUUAGAGGAAACGAGAAAUGAGGCUACCGGGCUGGCAGAGCUUCUAGAACAUUCCCAAAAUACAUGCAAAAACCUCGAGGAGGAAGUUUCUAGAGUUCAAGCCGAGUAUGCUGAGUCGAAAACUGCGUUACAGGAAAAUAUAGAUGAAUUAAAACAAACUGCUGAAUUGUUGGCUAAAGAACUUGGGUCAACUAAAGAUGUUUCUGAAAAAACUAAGGAAGAAUUGGCUCGGGUGUUGGUAGAACUUCAAGAAAUAUCAGAAAACCGUGAUAAUCUGGGUAAAGAACUCGCGGAUACAUAUAAGAAGCUUGAGAAUGUGACAGACGAGCUUAUAGAAAAGAAAAACAAUGUAGUUUCAUUGACUAAGGAAGUCAAUGGUUUGGAAUCCGAGAUUAUGAAAGACAGAGAUUCAAGAAAAUCAAUGGAAACAGAUUUGGAAGAAGCAACAAAAGCACUUGAUGAAAUGAACAAGAACACCAUGAUUCUAUCACGGGAAUUAGAGUUUUCAAAGAGCAAGAUAUCCGCACUUGAAAACGAGAAAGAAGUUUUGUACAAAUCUGUAGAUGAACAAAAACAGGCUAUUCAAGAAGCCCGAGAAAACAUGGAGGAUGCUCACAGUGUAAUUGUGAAAUUGGGGAAAGAACGCGAAAGUUUAGAGAAGAAAGGAAGCAAACUCGAGAAGGAAUUGGCAGCUGCUAAAGGUGAGAUAUUAAGAUUAAGAAGUACAAUUAAUUCUUCCGGAACUGUCGAAAAGGUAAACAAGAAUGAAAGUGUGAAAAAAGAAAAUGAGAGUGGAAGUGGAAGUGGAAGUGAAGAUGAAAAUGCAGCAGUUGCUGUGAAGAAAGUUCGGAGAAGGAAGAAGGUUGUAUCACAACAGAAAGAAUCUUGAGAAGUGUGUGGGAUUUUUGAUAUUGAGUGAAAGUUGAGGAAAGGUAUUUGUAAUAUUUGAUUCUUAGAGUAAAUUAUAGAGGUAACAAACUAGCAAUGUAGCAUUUGUAACUUCGUAGCAGUUGUAACUUUAAGCAGAAUAUUUCUUAAAUUUCAAAAAAUUAAAAUGAAGUUUUAAAUUUCUGGUGAUAA